GCUUUAACUUGACAACUUGAAUGGCUCUUCUCGUGUGGAUAUGAUGUUCUUUCUUUUAUCACAGAUAGAGCCAGAAAAUCGAACCAAGGACAGCUCUCAACAGCCAAUAUGAUCUCAACGCUGACGAAGGAUCGCGUGCAGGCACUCAUGACUAGUUUGACAUCUGAAGUGAUGGACGUGCGCUUUCUUAACAAGAUGCACGACACCACUACAACUUUGCCGACGCCAAGUUUCAUGGAUAACGAGACCAGAUGCGGAGAGCCGAUUUUGAGUUACGGACAUGUUGAGAAAGUGCUCAUCGGAGGGGUUCUGACCUUGCUUACCUUUUUAACAGUUUGCGGGAAUUUGUUGGUGGUCAUAUCAGUGUGUUUUGUGAAGAAACUGAAGCAACCUUCUAAUUACUUAAUCGUUUCUCUGGCCGUAGCAGACCUGUCGGUUGCGGUGGUCGUAAUGCCGUUUGUCAGCAUCACUGAUCUCAUAGGAGGACAGUGGAUCUUUGGUCGUGCUUUCUGUAAUGUUUUUAUCGCCAUGGACGUGAUGUGCUGCACCGCUUCAAUAAUGACACUAUGUGUCAUUAGCAUAGACAGGUACCUGGGCAUCACUAAGCCACUGACGUAUCCCGUGAGACAGAGUGGAAAGUGCAUGGCCAAAAUAGUGCUGUUUGUAUGGCUUCUCUCUGCCUCCAUCACCCUACCCCCACUGUUUGGAUGGGCUCAGAAUGUCAACGAUGACAAUGUGUGUCUGAUCAGCCAAGAUCUGGGCUACACUAUCUACUCCACCACCGUGGCCUUCUACAUUCCCAUGUCUGUGAUGCUCAUUAUGUACUACCGGAUAUACAGAGUGGCAAAGGUGAGUGCUGCCAAACACACAAUCGCUGGUUUUCCCAAAGCCGAAGACGAGGAAAGCAUGAACUGCGUAACUGCGGUCCUAAAGCUGCAAAGGGAGGUGGAGGUGUGUGUGAGCUUUUCUCGCCUUCUCAAAAAUGACCGUAAAAACAUCUCCAUCUUCAAAAGAGAGCAGAAGGCAGCGGCCACCCUCGGGAUUGUUGUGGGGGCUUUCGCCGUAUGCUGGCUGCCCUUUUUCCUGCUUUCUACGGCGCGGCCGUUCAUCUGCGGAGUGCAGUGUAGCUGCGUGCCUUUGUGGGUGGAGAGGACACUGCUUUGGCUGGGCUAUGCCAACUCGCUCAUCAACCCCUUCAUUUAUGCAUUCUUCAACAGAAACCUCAGGACCACCUACCACAACCUCAUCCGCUGCCGCUAUCGGAACAUCAACCGCAAGCUAUCGGCAGCCAGCAUGCACGAGGCUUUGAAACUAGCUGAGAGACCUGACCUGGUGCUGUAGGCUGUCUGUACCCUUCAUGUCUCUCUAGGGACUGAUGCAGUCACACAGAGGCUGAGAGACGUUUUUGAUGAAUUCCU